AUGAACAGCUUUCUUCUCCUCCUCGCCAUCAGUCUCCUGGUUGCCGUUCAGAUACAAACAGGAGUCUUGGGAAACAAUGACACCGCCAAAGCUAGCAAUGCCACCGUUGCUGCUGGUGGUCCUGCCGCUGGUGGUCCUGUCACCCCUGCCACCACCACCACGAAAAAACCUAUGAAGCCCUCAAAGGGUGGGGCCUCAUCGAUCAUCGAUAUGGGCGCCCACACUUUCUUCUUCGCCAGCAUCUUAAUGUGUCUCUUCCACUUCAGCUGAGGUGAAGGUGUCGCUUCCAGAGCCCUAUGCUCCUCACACAGCUGCUCUCAUCAGUGGCAAGAGACAUCCCAACCCAGUCCUUGGGAACAGUUGACACCAGAGAUCCCAGGGCGUUCAAAUUCACAGCCAGUGGCCAAAAUGGGAGGUACUGAUGGAAGUGACACCCAGCUGGGGCUCAAUAAAGUUAUACUAUGCUUA